AUGAAGAACUCAAUCCCAUCUGACGUGUGGGAGAGGAAGAAGGCUCUAAUUGCCAAGUUAUACAAGGAUGAAGAAUGGCCUUUGAAGCAGGUCAUCAAGCAAAUCCGUUCCGAUGAUCUCAACCCAAGUGAGACUCAGCUGCGGAGUAGAUUGAAGAAGUGGAGGGUCACCAAGCCCUCUCGCCAGACACGCAAGAAAUCCGACGACAGCCAACAGGAGACUACCGGAGAUGACAGUGGUCAAGAAGACGCAUCCCCAAAGGCCCAGUCUUCCACAGUCUCCCCCAAAGCACGCCCCCCUCUUCGCUCAGUCGCAUCAGACAUCUCUGUCACCGAACCGGAAUGGUACAUGGCCAAUAGUGCAUACACGCACCACGAGGACCUGCCUACUACAGUUUGCCUUGAUGGACAAAACAUCUCCAAUGUGUGGGCUCCCAUGAUGAGCCCUUCCCAGAAGCAGCGGGAUCCUUCCCACGCCUCUUCCGUGAUGGUCCUUCCUAGCUCCAACUCAUAUGACUCACCGCACACGUCGCCAUUGAUGGACAGCAUGUUGGCCAACCAAACAUCAAGCAUGGCGUCGCCUUUCCAUGAUCCUUCCUUUGCUGUCACCACGGACUGCAUGCAAACACCCGCGACAACAGCUGGACCAAUCCAGUGGUCAAUUCCUCAGUGGUACUCGAUGCCUCUUGAGGCUGGCAGUCCAUUCUACACUGCGGCACCACUGAGCCCUCCUAUCGAUCCCGCCAUGCACCUGAUGACACCACACGCCCAGACACCGCCGCCUUCUAGUAUUGGGCGGCAACAUAUGGCCGACCUGCACGAGGGGCCUCAGUCAUGGAAGCGUGCUAUGUCUGCUCCGUAUGUUCAGGAUACCGCUGGCGGGCAUCCGAGAUUGGAUCAGAAGGGCUCGCAAACACGGCCGCUUGACCGGAAGGCUUCUAUUCAACCGAAGUCGGCUGGUCAACCCGCCAUGGGGAUCGUGUCUCCGUCCGCUUUCUAUCCCCAUGGCCAACAUCCUGCUAUGUGUGCGCCCCUCUACCCGUAUCCUGGACCUGAGCCACUUGUGCACAGGCCUCAGAGCAUCGACUUUUAA